AUGCCUUCUUCUGUCAUCUCUGAAGACUCCAAUAUGACCGGCAGUUCCUUUAUCUACAUCCAAGAGGUCUUCCAUGAGACCUGUCUGGGUUGCCGAUCUUCUACCAGGACCUCCUCUGGACCUGGAAAUGUCUUGGUGACCAGGUAUGUGGCAGCCACUGAGGGGGCUGAUCUCCUUGUGUAUCCCCUGCUACACAACCCCCAGCUCCAUGUGCAGGCAGUGGAGUUCCCCUUGGUGCAACAGAAGUUGUUCCUGGUGGAAGUCAUCAGAGAUGGAGACCUCCUGGACUAUGACCAGGGAGACUGGGUGGAUAUUCUGAUACUAAUUGAGCACAUGGAGCUCUCCACCCAUCGGGGGGACCCUGCCAGUACCACAACACUCUCUGUGGAUACCUCCAAGGUGGCAGCCUCGGGCAACACCGAGGUCAACUUUGUCGAUGAGGAAGAUGAAGAGGAGGAGGAGGAGAAUGCACAGCAGAUCUUCUGCCUCUGCUACGUGGCUUUCCCAAAUGUAAUCAAACGACACCCAAAACUGCUGGUGUGUGUUAAGCUGCCUCCUCAUAUCUCCGGCAACACACCUCAGUCUGGACCUGUGAUAGACCCUAGUAUUUCAGUCCUGGCUCUCUCCGGAACAAAGAUGCAGGCUAUGGGGGCCAGGGCAGUUACUGUUGACCUGGUGCAGCCCAACACCACAGGGAGAGGGGACCCGGAAGGCCCAAGAGCUGCCACACUGAGCACUGAGAAACCUGAACUACGGAUUGUUCUUGUUGGUAAAACUGGAUGUGGGAAAAGUGCAACGGGAAACACCAUCCUUGGUAAGACACUGUUUGACUCUAAAAUCACAGCACAAUCGGUAACAGAGACAUGUAAGAAGGAGAAAAGGGAUUGGAACGGCAAGGACAUUGCAGUCAUUGAUACGCCUGGUCUUUUUGACACACAAAAAUCUUUAAUAGAAACUAUGAAAGAAAUAGGGCGUUGUGUGGUAGUCUCCUCCCCAGGACCCCAUGCUAUAGUUCUGGUGAUGCAGUUGGGUCGUUUCACUGAAGAAGAGAAAAAAACAGUUGAACGAAUACAAGAUAUUUUUGGAGAAAAAGCUGUGGAGUACAUGGUCUUCUUGUUCACCAGAAAAGAUGACUUAGGUGAUAUGACUUUAGAAAAGUAUUUAGACGAUCUCAAUGACAAAGAUCUUCAGAGAUUGAUAGGAAAGUGCGGGAAUCGGCGCUGCGCUUUCAACAACAAACUGACAGGACAGGAGCAGGAAGGCCAGAUUUCAGAGCUGAUUAAAGUGAUUGAUGAGAUGGUGCAACAGAAUGGAGGCUCACAUUAUACUAAUGACAUGUAUGAAUAUGCUCAGAAGAAACUUCAAGAAAACAUCGAGAUGCUCAGAGAACUCUAUGAGGAAGAGAAGGGAAAAAAGAUAAAAGAAGUGGAAUCUCAGUAUAAGGAGGAUUGUAAGAAAAUAGAUGAGAAAUUACAGAAAGAAGGCCCCUUUAAUGAAAACACUUUGAAACAACAGAAAGAGGCCCGAAGACAAAAACUGGAAAAAGAUUUAGAGGAAAUAAACACCAGCUACCAGGCAAAGCUACUUGAACUCAAGAAAAAAGCUGCCGAGGAUGUUAAUAUAAUAAAAGCUAUUUUAAAACAAUUCUCAUCUGUAUUUUCAAAAACCACAGGCUGGUUUCAGUAA